CUACUGGUGAACACAAAUCGAGAGCGAAGUCCUGGCGGUACAGAUACGACGCUCAUCAAUCCCUGCUUUCUAAAAAGAAUAUCGCCUGUGGUGCGAGAGGAAACGGUUUCGGACAUGGAAUCGGAACCGACAGUAUGGCGUGAGAAUUUUGAGUUGACUGGCGAGGACAAAUUGGAAACCGCUGAUUUAUCCAUAGAGGAAGAGGUACAGUCUAACGGCAAGUAUGAUGUUACCUUAAAAUAG